AACGGAGAAAAAAAAUAACAACGCUCAAGUCACGGCGGUUCUUCUCUGUCGUCGUCCAACACUUACCUCUGCGUCGCCGGGAAAAAGGGUAAGACGCUUCUUUAAAAGCCUUCACUCCGGCGUUCUCAUCGGAAAAGUAAUUGUCUUCAGUGAUGCGAAUAUCAUCGUUUUUCUUUUAGGAGAAAAAAUCGAUAAGGGGAAGUUUCUUUACUGAGAGAGAUCACCGUUGUUUUGUCCUCGCAUCCUCUCUUAAGGUUUUUGAAGAUGGAUAUAAUCUCACAGUUGCAAGAACAAGUGAAUACGAUUGCUGCCAUCACUUUCAAUGCUUUUGGGACGCUCCAGAGGGAUGCACCUCCUGUCCAGCUUUCACCUAAUUAUCCUGAACCACCUGCUGCAACUACGGCUACUGAUGAUGCUACCCCUUUUCCUGAGCAACCUAAGCAGCUCAGUGCUGGUUUAGUUAAGGCUGCUAAACAGUUUGAUGCUUUGGUUGCAGCACUUCCUUUGUCAGAAGGAGGUGAGGAAGCUCAGCUCAAAAGAAUCGCUGAACUUCAGGUGGAAAACGAUCUUAUUGGUCAAGAACUCCAAAAGCAACUAGAGGCUGCAGAGAAAGAGCUUAAGCAAGUCCAAGAGCUAUUUGGACAAGCUGCAGACAAUUGCCUAAAUAUGAAGAAGCCGGAAUGAAAUGCUUUAGCUUGUGUCAAGUAAAUUCAAAAACUAUAUGAUUAGGUCCAGCAACAGUUAUCUUUUACUGCCAUAAGGAUUAGUAGCUCUGAUUUGCUUCACCAAAAAAUUGUUGCAGAAGCAAUUACAAGAAUGUUGAUUAGCUCACAACAAUGGAACCAUUAUUAUAACCUUA